AUGAUAUGUGCAGAAGAAAGAAAAAUAGAGAAUGUCCUUUGGCAUCCGACUGCAGAGGGCGUACUUGCUGUAUCUUCGUCAAAUGUGGUCAAAAUAUAUGAUGUGGCUCAUUGCAAAGAAAAACUCAUUAUGGACAGCCAUACUGACCAGGUCCAGUGUAUAGCUUGGAAAACAGAUGGUUCAAGUUUGGCCACUUCCUGCAAAGACAAAACAAUUCGGGUGUUUGACCCGAGAGGUAGAAGUUUGACUCAGGAAAUGAAUGGGCACAUAGGUCAAAAGGAGUCCCGCGUGGCUUGGCUUGGGAACAAAAACAUGAUCAUUUCUACUGGGUUCGAUUCUAUGAGGCAGAGACAAAUCUGUGUUUGGGAUUUGAAAAACACAUCUGCCCCACUCAGCACACAAUCUCUGGAUACCUCACCAGGCAUUUUAAUUCCAUUGUUUGAUGCUGACACAAAUAUGUUGUUCCUGAUAGGCAAGGGAGACAACACCCUUCGAUUCUGGGAACAUAUUGACCGAGCACCAUAUGUCACUGAAGCUGCAAAUGAUCGUACAGAACAAAUUAAAGGUGCUGCAAUGGUCCCUAAACGAGCUCUUGAUGUAAUGAAAGGAGAAAUCAAUCGAAUGAUUUUAUUGACAAAAAAUUGUAUCAUUCCAACGCCAUACAUUGUUCCCAGAAAAUCUUAUCGUGAUUAUCAUGCUGAUAUUUUCCCUGAUGUCUCAGAUGGGACACCAGCCAUGCAGGCUCCUGAAUGGUUUGCUGGACACAACAAGCCAUUAGUUACCAUGUGCCUGAAUCCAGCCAAAAGAGUUCCGCUGAAAGUGAGACCGCAUCGUUUGAAUGACACUGGAAAUGAGGAUAACAGUCCAAUCCCUAGCAGGAAACCCAUUGACGAUUCUCCAACUGAGAAUAAAACAUCUGAUCCCCCCCUGACCCCAAAGAGUCAGCGUCGAGCCAGCAGCAACAUCAUGCAAAAGAUAGAGAGCCUAAAUGCUGCCGUCGAACGCAGCCGUGCACCUACCAAAUCUUUCAAGGACGAGAGGGACAAUCGUGCUAAGAAAGAGGAGGUUACCAAGGAGGGUAUCAACGAUGAAAUUAUUGACAACAAAAUGAAUGAAAAUACAAGUCAUGAGGAGGAGGAGGAGCAAGGGGAGGGGGAUGAGGAGGAAUGUGAGGAGGAAGAGAAAAUGGACAAGACAAUCAAAGAAGAUGAGAAAGAGGCUGAAGUGAAAGAUGAGGAGGAGGAGGGUAAAGAAAAGACAGAUGAAGCAAGUGUGGCAGUCGAUAAGAUGUCUGAGCAAGAAGAGAAAGAACAGGACACAGCUAUAAUUGAGGAUAAGAAAGAGGAUUUUAUUGAGGAUAGUGCAAUUGAAAAUUCUAUUGAGAUAUCAGAUGAAGACAAAGAAAAAGUGGAAGCAGCAGAAGAGGAGAAAGUAGAAGAGAAAGAGGAGGAGAAAGUAGAAGAGAAAGAGGAGGAGAAAGUAGAAGAGAAAGAGGAGGAGAAAGUAGAAGAGAAAGAGGAGGAGAAAGUAGAGGAGAAAGAGGAGGAGAAAGUAGAAGAGAAAGAGGAGGAGAAAGAGGAGGUGAAAGAGGAGGAGAAAGAGGAGGUGAAAGAGGAGGAGAAAGAGGAGGUGAAAGAAGAGGAGAAAGAGGAGGUGAAAGAAGAGGAGAAAGAGGAGGUGAAAGAAGAGGAGAAAGAGGAGGUGAAAGAAGAGGAGAAAGAAGAAUGCAGUGAAAUAAUUGAGGAGACAAAAGUUGAACACAGCCUUGAAGUGCAAACAUCUGUUGAUGAAGCAGUUAAUGGGGGAUCUGAGAAAUUGUCCAGUUCUGCAGAUCCUGUCAGAGAACCAAAGGCUGAGUCCAAAAUCAGAGAUCAAGUUGUAACAAAUGAUACACCUGCCAAAAAGACUCUGGGCUCACCCUCUAGAUUCUCAAGUAUAAAGCAACAUAAAUUCAAGCACUUGAAAGGCACUCCUAUGAAGAAAAAUACCCACAUUGAAAACUUGCGGAAUCUGUCAAAGAACAUUCCAGGAGAGAGUGAUAUGUUCCAUGCCAACAGGACAUGUUGUGCAGUUCCACUAAGUGGUGCUGGGGGAUGCAUUGGUAUCCUAGAGCUGAAUCAACCAGGUCGUUUGCCAGACACAGGUGUCCCAACUCUUCAGCAUGGAGCAAAUAUCACAGAUUUUGCCUGGGAUCCAUUUAAUGAUCGAAGAUUAGUUGUGUCCUGUGAUGAUGCUAAGAUUCGAGUAUGGAACAUUCCAGAAGGAGGACUGACAGAAUCUCUCACUGAACCAGAAUCAUGUUUAGUUGGUCACCGGGAGAAAAUAUACUUUGUUCAUUUCCAUCCCCUUGCAAAAGAUAUCCUUGCUUCUGCCUCGUAUGAUAUGACAGUGAAAAUUUGGAAUUUGGCAACUGGUGAAGAAGUCAUUGAACUGACUGGACACACAAGUCAGAUUUUCACCCUGGCUUGGAGUCCUGAUGGGAAGCAAUGUGCUACAGUCUGUAAAGAUGGUAAAAUAAGAAUUUAUGAUCCAAGAACAUCAACUGAACCAGUGCAGGAAGGCAAUGGUCCUCCAGGCAGCCGAGGAGCCAGAGUUGUUUGGGUGUUAGAUGGAAAAUUCCUCGCUGUUACAGGUUUUGACAAAAUGAGCAACCGUCAAAUCUCCAUCUACAACCCGCAGGACUUAAGCAGCCCAAUUGAGACGGCUGACGUUGACGUAUCCCCUGCUAUUUUGAUCCCACACUAUGAUGAAGACAGCUCAACAUUGUUUAUGACAGGAAGGGGAGAUGGAACCUUGUUUGCAUAUGAAAUGUCCUCUACACCAUCACAUAUAAAUGCUCUAAGCCAUUGCCGUUUCGACAGUCUGCACCAGGCUAUUUCAUUCCUCCCAAAGAUUGUAUGCAAUAUUAGUGAAGUAGAGUUUGCCAGAGCAUGGAGGUUGACGCCAACUCAUGUAGAGCCCGUGUCUUUCACAGUCCCUCGUGUCAAGAGUAACUUCUUCCAAGAUGAUCUGUUUCCAGACACCAAGGUGUUAUGGGAACCAACAUUAAGUGGUUCUGAAUGGUUAGAAGGUAAUGAUACUGUUCCUCCAACCAUUUCUCUCAAACCAGAUGAUAUGGAGGCCUUAAGCAAUGCACCAUCAGAAGCACCCAAACCUAAGAAAUAUGACAGCACUGAUCCAGAGAUCUACAAAACAGAUGAAGAUAAAAAAGAGGAGCUGAUAGAUGCGAUGACAGCUAAGAUGGAUAACAAAAAGGAUGAACUGUUGCCACAAGAUUUGACAGAAGGUGUGGACUCGGAUGAAUGGGAAGAAUAA